AUGAAAGACACCAGACCAGAGACUCGUGGCGACGAGAGGGGAUAUGCCAGUGGCAUGAUCCCAGAUGAGUUUGAUAUCAUCGUGUGUGGCGGAGGUAGUACAGGAUGUGUGGUGGCUGGCCGACUGGCCAAUCUGGAUCACAACCUCAAGGUCCUUCUCAUUGAAGGCGGCGAAAACAACCUCAACAACCCAUGGGUCUACCGCCCGGGCAUCUACCCGCGGAACAUGAAGCUAGACUCCAAGACGGCCUCCUUUUACGAGUCGCGUGCAUCAGAUGCUCUUGCCGGGAGAAAAGCUGUCGUGCCCUGCGCCCAUGUGCUGGGUGGUGGCUCGUCCAUCAACUUCAUGAUGUACACACGUGCCUCGGCCUCAGACUACGAUGACUUCCAAGCCAAAGGAUGGACGACCAAGGAACUGCUUCCACUCAUGAAGAAGCAUGAGACCUACCAGCGCGCCAGUCACAACCGUGAAACCCACGGCUUUGAGGGACCUAUCAAGGUAUCUUUCGGAAAUUACACUUAUCCAAUCGCCUGGGACUUCUUGAGGGCCACAGAAUCUCAAGGCAUUCCAACUGUGGAUGAUCUCCAAGAUCUUUCUUGUGGCCAUGGUGCCGAGCACUGGCUCAAAUGGAUCAACCGUGAUACUGGCCGACGUAGCGACAGUGCACACGCAUACAUCCACUCUACCCGUGCCAAGCACUCAAACCUCUAUCUGGUCUGCAACACAAAAGUGGACAAGGUCAUCAUCGAGAACGGCAAAGCGGUGGCGGUGCAAACAGUAGCCACCAAGCCUCUCUCAAGGGACCAGCUCAAGCCGCGCAUUUUCCGCGCCCGCAAGCAGAUUGUCGUGUCGUGCGGCACCCUUUCCUCGCCACUCGUCCUGCAACGCUCUGGUGUCGGUGACCCCAAGAAGCUCAAGGCCGCAGGUGUUGAGCCGAUCGUGGAUCUGCCCGGUGUUGGGCUCAACUUCCAAGAUCACUAUCUUCACUUUUCCGUGUAUCGUGCGAAGCCUGGAACCGAGUCGUUUGACGAAUUCGCCCGGGGAAACCCAAAAGUCCAGAAAGCCGUGUUCGACCAGUGGGAGAUUAAGGGAACUGGACCGCUGGCCACGAACGGAAUAGGCAAGCUCAAUGCCGGAGUCAAGAUCAGGCCAACACAGAAGGAGCUGGACGAGUUCAAAACUUGGCCUUGCAACUCUUUCCAGAAGGGCUGGGACAGCUACUUCAAGAACAAACCCGAUAAGCCAGUCAUGCACUAUUCUGUGAUUGCAGGAUGGUUCGGUGACCACAUGCUGAUGCCACCUGGAAACUUUUUUACAAUGUUCAACUUCUUAGAGUAUCCUUUCUCGCGCGGGUACACCCACAUCAAGUCGGCUGAUCCUUAUGCAGCCCCGGAUUUCGACACGGGCUUCAUGAGCGACGAGCGCGACAUGGCGCCCAUGGUGUGGGGUUACAUCAAAUCACGCGAGACAGCCAGGCGUAUGGAUGCAUACGCUGGAGAGGUCCAGAACAUGCACCCCUUCUUCAAAUAUGACUCGCCAGCCCGUGCCCACGACAUGGAUCUCGAGACCACAAAGGCUUAUGCGCUCCCGGGCAACAUCACCGCCGGACUGCAGCACGGAAGUUGGAGCAAGUUACUGCCUCCGCCCGAUAAGCAGCCCGAAAUUGAGGUGCUAAACUCUCACAAGAAGGCUGUGUAUGACGACCUCAAAUACUCAACGGAUGACAUCAAGGCUAUCGAGGAGUGGGUGAAGCGCCAUGUCGAGAGUACCUGGCACUGUUUGGGAACAUGCUCCAUGGCUCCCAAGGAGGGCAACAGCAUCGUCAAGCACGGCGUCCUCGACGAGCGCUUGAACGUUCAUGGUGUUUCCAACCUAAAGGUUGCUGACCUCAGCAUCUGCCCUGACAAUGUUGGAUGCAACACAUACUCCACAGCCCUUCUCAUCGGCGAAAAAGCUGCCAUCCUUGUUGCCGAGGAUCUUGGCUACUCUGGCGAGGCGCUUGAAAUGAAGGUGCCCGAGUACAAUGCACCUGGCGAGAUGAAGCUGCUAAGCCGCCUCUGA